AUGUUUUGUGCUAAGAUUCUAGGUUCAAUAACUCGUGGUACGCCCAACGUAGCUUCUAGGUGCUUUUUGGCAGCUAAAAAUGUAUCUCAUGAUUACUCCACACAAAUAUCACUAAAGGUGGCUCCCAUAAAACGUGUGGGCGAAACCGUGGAACGCAAGAGAGCCCGUCUAGUAUAUCAGUCGCGCAAAAGAGGCAUAUUGGAGACCGAUUUGCUUCUCUCUCGUUUUGCAGCCAAGCACUUAAAUUCCAUGACGCCACAAGAGUUGGAAGAAUACGACUCGUUGCUCGACGAGCUUGACUGGGAUAUUUAUUAUUGGGCAACGAAAAACUACACGAUUACACCUCUGCCUGACAAGUUUAAGGACUCGAAGCUGCUGUUGAAAUUGCAAGAGUUUAGUGAGAACAAGGAAAAGCAGAUUUUGAGAAUGCCCGACUUACACCAGAAGUGA